AGUAUCUACUGGAUUUGGGUUUUAGAAGGACACAGCUGAGAGCAGCACAGAGGAUAACCUGGAAGGGGGAAGAAUGGCGAUAGGGACAUGGAAGAGGAGAGGACAGCUCAGAAAAGAACAGAGGCACCCAGAUACCUGAGCUUGGGCCAAGUUUCAUUUUCUCUGUGAAUUUAAGCCAGUUACUCAACCUGUGUUAGCUUCAGUUUGUUAUACAAAGUUAAUAUUCAUUUGGCAAGAUUUAGCAAGAUGAUUUAAGCAUCCUCCUUAAGAUUCCAUAAAGAUUCACUUGCUUACUGAGCAACAAAAUUUACUUAUUGAGCAACGAAAAAUGGUGGGGAGUAGGAAGUAAUGAGUGUUUGGUGGAAAGGAAAUCCAAGGCAUUAAAAAAUAUUUAACCAUUCAUGAGUUGAGCCUCAUUCUUGAGUUAUGGAUGACAAGGCUUCUGUUGGAAAAAUCAGUGUCUCCUCAGACUCAGUAUCUACUCUUAAUAGCGAAGAUUUUGUCUUGGUUUCCAGGCAAGGAGAUGAGACACCAUCUACAAAUAAUGGAAGUGAUGAUGAGAAAACAGGACUCAAGAUCGUAGGGAAUGGAAGUGAACAGCAGCUACAGAAAGAGCUAGCAGAUGUGCUGAUGGAUCCUCCAGUGGACGACCAGCCAGGGGACAAGGAGCUUGUGGAAAGGUCACAGCUGGAUGGUGAUGGAGAUGGGCCUCUUUCUGAUCAACUCUCAGCCUCAUCCACCAUUAACCCUGUGUUACUAGUAGGGCUUCAGAAACCAGAGAUGAGCCUGCCAGUGAAACCUGGACAAGGAGAUUCGGAAGUGUCAAGUCCUUUCACACCUGUGGCUGAUGAGGAUAGUGUGGUUUUCAGUAAACUAACUUACCUAGGCUGUGCCUCAGUAAAUGCUCCCCGGAGUGAAGUGGAAGCUUUGAGGAUGAUGUCCAUCUUGAGAAGUCAGUGUCAGAUUUCUCUGGAUGUAACCCUCUCAGUGCCGAAUGUAUCUGAAGGAGCUGUGAGACUCUUAGAUCCUCAAACAAACACUGAAAUAGCAAACUAUCCUAUCUACAAAAUCCUAUUCUGUGUAAGAGGACACGAUGGAACUCCUGAGAGCGACUGUUUUGCUUUCACUGAAAGUCAUUAUAAUGCAGAACUCUUCAGAAUACACGUCUUUCGGUGUGAAAUACAAGAAGCUGUUAGCCGAAUACUUUACAGUUUUGCCACUGCCUUCCGCCGUUCUGCCAAGCAGACCCCACUUUCAGCAACUCCUGCACCUCAGACUCCUGACAGUGACAUCUUUACCUUCUCUGUGUCUUUAGAAAUAAAAGAAGAUGAUGGUAAAGGUUAUUUCAGUUCUGUUCCCAAAGAUAAGGACAGACAAUGCUUUAAACUUCGCCAAGGAAUUGAUAAGAAGAUUGUCAUCUAUGUGCAACAAACCACUAAUAAAGAACUUGCUAUUGAAAGGUGUUUUGGUCUUCUCCUUAGCCCAGGAAAAGAUGUCAGAAAUAGUGAUAUGCACUUGUUAGAUUUGGAGUCUAUGGGUAAAAGUUCAGAUGGAAAGUCUUAUGUUAUUACUGGAAGCUGGAAUCCCAAAUCCCCACAUUUUCAAGUUGUGAAUGAAGAAACUCCUAAAGAUAAAGUACUGUUUAUGACUACAGCUGUCGAUUUGGUAAUUACAGAAGUACAGGAGCCUGUCCGAUUUCUCCUGGAGACAAAAGUCCGUGUUUGUUCACCUAAUGAAAGAUUAUUUUGGCCUUUCAGCAAACGUAGUACUACUGAAAACUUCUUUUUGAAACUAAAGCAGAUAAAGCAGAAGGAAAGGAAGAAUAAUGCUGACACUUUAUAUGAAGUUGUAUGUUUGGAAAGUGAAUCAGAGAGAGAGAGAAGGAAAACUACAGCAAGUCCUUCAGUUCGCCUGCCGCAGUCUGGAUCCCAGAGCUCAAUGAUCCCGUCUCCUCCAGAAGAUGAUGAAGAAGAAGAUAAUGAUGAACCUCUCUUGAGUGGAUUUGGUGAUGUAUCCAAAGAAUGUGCAGAAAAAAUUCUUGAAACAUGGGGAGAACUGCUUUCAAAAUGGCAUCUCAACUUGAGUGUGAGACCAAAGCAGUUAUCAUCCUUAGUGAGAAGUGGGGUUCCUGAAGCUCUGCGAGGAGAAGUCUGGCAGCUGCUAGCAGGCUGUCAUAACAAUGACCACUUAGUAGAAAAGUACCGAAUUCUCAUCACAAAGGAAUCUCCCCAAGACAGUGCUAUCACCAGGGAUAUUAACCGAACAUUCCCAGCUCAUGACUACUUCAAGGAUACAGGAGGAGAUGGACAAGAUUCUUUAUACAAAAUAUGCAAGGCUUAUUCUGUAUAUGAUGAAGAGAUCGGCUAUUGCCAGGGCCAGUCUUUUCUUGCUGCUGUGCUGCUUCUCCACAUGCCUGAAGAACAGGCAUUCAGUGUUCUGGUCAAGAUCAUGUUUGACUAUGGUCUCAGGGAACUUUUCAAGCAAAAUUUUGAAGAUUUACAUUGCAAGUUUUACCAGUUGGAGCGCCUCAUGCAGGAGUACAUUCCUGACCUGUACAACCACUUCCUGGAUAUCAGCCUUGAAGCACACAUGUAUGCCUCCCAGUGGUUUCUAACACUUUUCACUGCAAAAUUCCCUCUCUACAUGGUUUUCCAUAUCAUCGACUUGCUCUUAUGUGAGGGAAUAAGUGUCAUUUUUAACGUCGCCCUUGGAUUACUAAAGACUUCCAAGGAUGACCUGCUAUUGACAGAUUUUGAAGGGGCCUUGAAGUUUUUCAGGGUUCAGCUUCCUAAAAGAUACCGCUCAGAAGAAAAUGCAAAGAAACUAAUGGAAUUAGCUUGCAACAUGAAGAUUAGUCAGAAGAAGUUGAAGAAGUAUGAGAAAGAGUAUCACACCAUGAGAGAACAACAGGCACAGCAGGAAGACCCCCUCGAGCGGUUUGAGCGGGAGAACAGACGCCUACAAGAAGCUAACAUGAGGUUGGAACAGGAGAACGAUGACUUAGCUCAUGAGCUGGUGACCAGCAAGAUUGCACUACGGAAGGACUUGGAUAACGCAGAGGAGAAAGCAGAUGCACUAAAUAAGGAGCUGCUGAUGACCAAACAGAAGCUGAUUGAUGCAGAAGAGGAGAAGAGACGGUUAGAAGAGGAGUCUGCACAGUUAAAGGAAAUGUGCCGCCGAGAACUUGACAAGGCAGAAUCUGAGAUUAAAAAAAACAGUUCUAUCAUUGGUGACUACAAGCAGAUUUGUUCUCAGUUGAGUGAAAGACUGGAGAAGCAGCAGACAGCUAAUAAAGUGGAAAUUGAGAAAAUUCGGCAAAAAGUAGAUGACUGUGACCGCUGCCGAGAAUUUUUCAGCAAAGAAGGGCAUGUGAAGGGCAUCAGCUCAACCAAGGAGGUUUUAGAUGAGGACACAGAUGAAGAGAAAGAGACACUCAAGAACCAGCUGAGGGAGAUGGAGCUAGAACUGGCACAAACCAAGCUGCAGUUGGUAGAAGCCGAGUGCAAGAUCCAGGACUUGGAGCAUCACCUAGGCCUUGCCCUCAGUGAGGUACAGGCAGCCAAGAAGACCUGGUUUAACCGUACGCUGAGCUCCAUAAAGACGGCAACUGGGGUUCAAGGCAAAGAGACUUGCUGAGAGCCGCCGCUGCCUCCAGACAUCUGCAGAAACACA